AUGGUGUUCCCGAAUGAUUAUUUAACCAAAUUAGCGAAACGACUUGCAUGUGAGACUCAAUGCAUGCAAAUAUUUUAUGCAGCAAAAUGGAUCGGAGGAGAAAGGAGGAGGAGGAAAUUUGGAAGGAUGGCUGAAAUGGAAAAGACGGCAGAAGAUGAGGAAGAAGUAAGUGAGUUAAAGUUAGGUUUCAAGAAUUCUCGAUCAACUGAAAAGAAGGAAAAAGGAGGAGCAAGCGGAAGGUGGACAAACGUGCCUCAGUUACAGUUGUAG